CUGGCGACAUUUAGCUACUUUCCAUUGAAAAUAGUUGGCAACACUGAACACGUCACGAACAGAACCGAAGCGGCGAGCUGUUGACAUGAACCUCUACGAAUCUCUCCGACGCAUAAUGCCGUUUUAUUUGGAAACAAUGUGUGUGUGUCAAAUGUUCGCACUCGCAUUUCUCGUGUAUGUUUUGUUAGUAGUUGUUAAAUUAAUUAUAAAGAGACGGAGAGGGGUGCGAAUACUGCAGCCGUUUCCAGGACCACCGGCACACUGGCUCUUUGGACAUGUUAAAGAGUUUCACCAGGAUGGAACAGAUAUGGCAAAGAUUGUCACAUGGGGUGAGAAGUAUCCCAUUGCCUUUCCAAUGUGGUUUGGCCCAUCAGUCUGCUUUCUGAAUAUCCAUCACCCAUCUUAUGUGAAGACCCUUCUGGCAUCAACAGAACCAAAAGAUGACGUCUCAUAUACCUUUCUUGUCCCUUGGAUAGGGGAGGGCUUACUUGUGUCCGUUGGACAAAAAUGGUUUCGUCAUAGAAGACUCAUCACUCCUGGUUUCCAUUAUGAUGUUUUGAAGCCUUAUGUGAAACUUAUUGCUGAUUCAACCAAAAUUAUGCUUGAUAAGUGGGACGUUCAUGCUAAAUCAGAGGAGUCUUUUGAAUUGUUUCAUUAUGCAAGUCUCAUGACUCUGGACAGUAUCAUGAAAUGUGCAUUCAGCUACAACAGUAACUGCCAGACGGAGAGUGGAAGCAACCCAUACAUUAAGGCAGUGUAUGAGCUGUGUCAACUGGUGAACCUCAGGUUCCGCUUCUUUCCGUAUCACAGCGAGACCAUAUUUCAUCUCAGUCCACAUGGAUACAGAUUCAGGAAGGCAUCCAAAAUAGCACACAGUCAUACAGAGGAAGUUAUCAGAAAGAGGAAGGAAGUCUUGAAGAUUGAGAGAGAACAGAGCAUCUUUAAAAAGAAACGAUAUUUGGACUUUUUGGAUAUUCUUCUGUCUGCCCGAGAUGAGCAGAAGCAGGGUUUGUCUGAUGAGGACAUCAGGGCUGAGGUGGACACAUUCAUGUUUGAAGGUCAUGACACUACAGCCAGUGGCAUAUCGUGGAUCUUUUACAGUAUGGCGUGUAACCCCGAUCACCAGGAGAGAUGCCGAGAGGAGAUCCUGCAAGCUCUGGAGGGCAAAGACAGCAUGGAGUGGGAGGACCUCAAUAAAAUCCCAUACACAACAAUGUGUAUUAAAGAAUCCCUGCGUCUUUAUCCUCCUGUGCCAGGAAUGUCACGAAAGUUGACUAAACCUAUGACUUUCUUUGAUGGACGGACUUUACCUGAAGGUUCUCUGGUUGGAGUCAGCAUUUAUGGGAUCCACAUGAAUGCCACAGUUUGGGAGAAUCCAUAUGUAUUUGACCCAUUGCGAUUUCUGCCUGAGAACUCUGCGGAGAGGUCACCGCAUGCCUUUGUGCCCUUCUCUGCUGGACCCAGAAACUGCAUUGGACAGAACUUUGCCAUGAAUGAGAUGAAGGUAGCAGUUGCGCUGACACUGAAGAGAUAUCACCUCAUUAAAGACCCAAAUCACACCCCAAAGAUGGCCCCUCAAAUAGUGCUCAGAUCCCUUAACGGAAUUUACCUCAAGAUCAAACCUGUAGAAACGGAGUCAUGAAAAGCCAGCUGUUUUAACAGCAUUUUACAACUGUAAUUUUUAUAUUUGUUGUUUUUAUAUUAAUGUUAAAAUUCUUUAUUGUGGAGGGAAAAUUCACUAUGAAUGAACUGUGUCUGCUGAUAGUGUAGUUUAUUGUAAAGGAGGCAUGUUUGAUCUGAAACAAAUGGAAAUGGCCAAAUUUAAGUACAGAUGGCUAUUUCAGCACAUUUAGCGCCUGGUUAAAAUAAUUUGUGGUUGUGGGCAUUAGUAAAUAAGAUAAAAUAAUUUUUGAUGGUGAAAUACCACACGCUAAAUUAAAUUAAAUAACAGUUAGUGAAUUGGCCCAUGAUUUUCUUGUAACCAAAAUUCAUCUCUAAUCAGCUGGAUGUAUUAAAUGGAUAAAUUGUAAAACUUGGGUUCUCUAAUAUAUGCAAAGAAAAUCUGAGGAUCUGUAACUAGUGUGAAAGAAGAAGAGGAAAUUUUUUAAAUAUUAAUGAGCCACUUUAAGUUAAUCAGUGACUAUUUGUACUAUGUGUAGAUGAUAUUUACUGGGUAUAGUAAUAGAAACUGCCAGUGCCGGACCUACCCUUAGGCGAGACCUUCAAUCAAACCCCUCUCUUUGUCAUUGGCAAACGAUUGAAUGCAGUAGCAGCUUUUGUUUCGUUUAAUUGUAAGUAAAUAUCCACUUCAUUCAGCGUUGUUUUUGUUCACUGUCUUCUAAACCAUUCCGUUACUGUUUUACUACGUGACAAAGUGCUUCAAACAAUUCAGCCCGCACGUUAAACAAAUUCAUGGAAAAGAACCGAAUCAAAUGAGUGAUUCCUUCUUCACGUAUCGGGCAUCGCUCCAAUUCACGAACCCCACACUCGUGAAUCUACAGCUAUGUUCACAGUGGCAUAAUGUCCAGACUACCCUCACUGUUUUUGCCAAACAUAUAUACACUGAUCAGCCACAACAUUAAAACCACCAACCUAAUAUUGUGUAGGUCCCCCUCGUGCCGCCAAAACAGCGCCAACCCGCAUCUCAGAAAAGCAUUCUGAGAUGAUAUUCUUGUAUCUUUAUAUAUUGUCAGUUUGAACCAGUCUGGCCAUUCUCUGUUGACCUCUCUCAUCAACUAGGCAAUCCCAUCCUCAUAACUGCCGCUCACUGGAUGUUUUUUGUUUUUGCCAUCAUUCUGAGUAAAUUCUAUAGACUGUUAUGUGUGAAAAUCCCAGAAAUACUCAAACCAGCCCAUCUGGCACCAACAGUGAUGCGUGCUUAGAAACCUUUACACAACCACAGGAUGUACAAGCAGGAUAAUAUGCUAAAGUAGGAUCAUUUUCUAAUGACAGAAUUUAUAGUAAAAAAAGUAAGAAGAUAAUUUACUUGUUACUUUGUUUUGUAUUAAAGAGAUGAUAAUAAAAUUAUGUUUCGAAGGGAUAGGUUUUUUUUCUUCCUUUCUUUGUUUUUUGGUGUUUUGUGUUUACAUUAUUAGAUGUAGCAAACCUUUAAGCUUUGCUCUUGUGGGCUGUUUUGCUAAAUCUCUAGUUUGGCAGGUACUUCCUGUUUUUAGAUGCACUUCAUGAUUUUCCUCCAGAGGUCGGCAGGACAUUUGUGGUUUGAUACUGAUGAGGUUAAUGAUGUGUUUUGGAUCAGUAGUUCUGGCAGGUGUUUCAAAUUAAGAUUUCUUAAAAAAUUAAAUACAAUUAAAAAAAAAAAAAAUUCUUUUGACCAUUUUGAAGAUUUUGUUUUGUUGAAUUGUACAUUUUCUUCAGCCCCUUUUUGCAUAAUUGUUUACCCCACAAGAUUUUUUAUUUUUUUUUAAAUAUGUAAACUUAAAACCAUAUAUAUGAAAUAACAAAAAUAUAUUUAAAAAAUAAACAUGAAAGGAAGUUAAAUUCCCUAUAGGGAAACCUACACUACUCAUUAUACACUAUUUCUCCAUAACUAUAAAGUUUAAAGUCGAAUCAUUGGAUUCUUUACCAGUUUUUUUUUUUUUUUGUUGUUGUUGUUGUAUAUUGAUUUCAAACAUCUCUUUCAAAACCAUCUUUAACUUCCAAUAGCAUAUUUGCUAAGCUGUUGUGAAUAUAAUAGCAACGUGAAUAUAAUAAAACCACAUCAACUCUAUAAUUAAGGUUUAAUGUUUUUUACACACUGUACUGUUCAUUUCUUGUGUCAUUUUGAUUUAAUUCAUUAUUACAUGUUUGAAGCUUGUUAUUUCCUCUGCAUAAUUUUAUAGUGAUUUAUUAGGAUUACCAUAAAUACUCCUAUUCAUGGACAAAAUGCAAUUUAUUGUUAUUUAUUUCUUAUAACAUCUGCAAUAAAG